GCGGCGGAAGCAGCGAGGGCGGCGGGCGUCCGGCUCUGAGGAGGUGGUGGUGGUAGUGGUGGUGGCGGCAGCGGCGGCGGAGGCGGCGGCUCGGGACUGGGCUCGGCUGGGAGCGGGAGAGGGUCGGGGGCGCCGGGUCGAGGGCCGAUCCCCCGGCUCGACCAUCCUCCUGCCGCCCGGACGCCUGGGCCGCGGAGUUUGUGUCCCGGCUCGGACCCCGGCGCCCAGCCCGGAGCCGUAACCUUGAGGCGGCGGCGGCGGGGCCGGGCCGGGCCGGGCCGGGGGGCGGCGGCGCUGGAUCCGCGGCUGCCCGAUCGUUGGCGGGAGAUGUCGAACCCCGGGACGCGCAGGAACGGCUCCAGCAUCAAGAUCCGUCUGACAGUAUUAUGUGCCAAGAACCUUGCAAAGAAAGACUUCUUCAGACUCCCCGACCCUUUUGCAAAGAUUGUGGUGGACGGAUCUGGGCAGUGCCACUCAACGGACACUGUGAAAAACACGUUGGACCCCAAGUGGAACCAGCACUAUGAUCUGUAUGUCGGCAAAACGGAUUCCAUAACCAUCAGCGUGUGGAACCACAAGAAAAUCCACAAGAAGCAGGGGGCUGGCUUUCUGGGCUGCGUGCGGCUGCUCUCCAACGCCAUCAGCCGAUUAAAAGAUACCGGAUACCAGCGUUUGGAUCUAUGCAAACUAAACCCCUCAGAUACUGAUGCAGUUCGUGGCCAAAUAGUGGUCAGUUUACAGACACGGGACAGGAUAGGCACUGGAGGCUCCGUGGUGGACUGCAGGGGACUGUUGGAGAACGAAGGAACCGUGUAUGAAGACUCGGGGCCCGGGAGGCCACUCAGCUGCUUCAUGGAGGAGCCGGCCCCGUACACAGACAGCACUGCUGCUGCUGCGGGGGGAGGGGACUGCAGGUUCGUGGAGUCCCCGAGUCAAGAUCAGAGACUCCAGGCGCAGCGACUCCGAAAUCCCGACGUCCGGGGGUCUCUCCAGACGCCUCAGAACCGACCCCACGGCCACCAGUCACCAGAACUGCCCGAAGGCUAUGAACAAAGGACAACGGUGCAGGGCCAAGUUUACUUCUUGCACACACAGACUGGAGUCAGCACGUGGCACGACCCCAGGAUACCAAGUCCCUUGGGGACCAUUCCUGGGGGAGAUGAAGCUUUUCUAUACGAAUUCCUUCUACAAGGCCAUACAUCCGAGCCCAGAGACCUUAACAGUGUGAAUUGUGAUGAACUUGGACCACUGCCACCAGGUUGGGAAGUCCGAAGUACGGUUUCGGGGAGAAUAUAUUUUGUAGAUCAUAAUAACCGAACAACCCAGUUUACAGACCCAAGAUUACAUCACAUCAUGAAUCACCAGUGCCAGCUAAAGGAGCCCAGCCAGUCGCUGCCAUUGCCUAGCGAGGGCUCUGUGGAAGACGAGGAGCUUCCCGCCCAGAGAUACGAAAGAGAUUUAGUCCAGAAGCUGAAGGUCCUCAGACACGAACUUUCACUGCAGCAACCCCAGGCGGGUCACUGCCGCAUCGAAGUAUCCAGAGAAGAAAUAUUUGAGGAGUCUUACCGUCAGAUCAUGAAGAUGCGGCCCAAGGAUCUGAAGAAGCGGCUGAUGGUGAAGUUCCGGGGAGAGGAAGGUCUGGAUUAUGGCGGAGUGGCGAGGGAGUGGCUUUACUUACUGUGUCAUGAAAUGUUGAAUCCCUAUUACGGACUCUUCCAAUAUUCUACGGACAACAUUUACAUGUUGCAGAUCAACCCAGAUUCCUCAAUCAACCCCGACCAUCUAUCUUACUUCCACUUUGUGGGCCGGAUCAUGGGUCUCGCUGUGUUCCACGGACACUACAUCAACGGAGGCUUCACGGUUCCCUUCUAUAAGCAGCUCCUGGGGAAGCCCAUCCAGCUCUCAGAUUUGGAGUCGGUGGAUCCAGAAUUACAUAAGAGCUUAGUGUGGAUUCUAGAGAACGAUAUCACCCCCGUGCUGGACCACACCUUCUGCGUGGAGCACAAUGCCUUCGGGAGGAUUCUUCAGCAUGAACUGAAGCCCAACGGCCGAAAUGUUCCUGUCACAGAGGAGAAUAAGAAAGAAUAUGUCCGGUUGUACGUAAACUGGAGAUUCAUGAGGGGGAUCGAAGCCCAGUUCUUAGCUCUCCAGAAAGGAUUUAAUGAACUCAUUCCUCAACACUUACUAAAGCCUUUUGACCAGAAGGAACUGGAGCUGAUCAUCGGCGGCCUGGAUAAGAUCGACGUGAGCGACUGGAAGUCCAACACGCGGCUGAAGCACUGCGGGGCCGACAGCAACAUCGUCCGCUGGUUCUGGCAGGCGGUGGAGACCUUCGACGAGGAGAGGAGGGCCAGGCUCCUGCAGUUCGUGACGGGGUCCACCCGGGUCCCUCUCCAAGGCUUCAAGGCUUUGCAAGGCUCUGCAGGCGCGGCAGGGCCCCGGCUCUUCACCAUCCACCUCAUCGACGCCGACACAGACAACCUCCCGAAGGCCCAUACCUGCUUUAAUCGGAUUGACAUUCCACCGUAUGAAUCCUAUGAGAAGCUCUAUGAGAAGCUGCUGACGGCCGUGGAGGAGACGUGUGGCUUUGCUGUGGAGUGAAGACCAACCAAAGGCAACAGAUUCUAGCUCAUGACCACCAGACCCAAAGCAAGCUUUCUGUGUGCCUCCUGCAGGGCUGGCUGAGGCCCGGGAACCCUAGGUCACCGGAGGCAAAGAGUUGUCUCCCCUCCCUUUCGUUGAGGGAGCGAGGGGGUGGGGGGGACUUUGGCCGGUGGCUCCCACACAUACUUUCCUCCUCUGUGACGGACUCCCACCCCCUUCCAGCACCCAUCCAAUAAACGCAGCCAGGUUUAGCACUGGGCUUCGGUCACACGGGCUAUUCCGCUAUGACUGGAACCCAAACGGUGAUGGGCUCACUGCCCUGUGGUCCCUAGAGGAAGACCGACCCACACGUUCUGGAACCGAGCCUGGCUUACUGAGGGUUCGUACCUGGUGGCUCUGCCAGCUAUUCUGUGUCAGAACGGUCCCGAGGCCCCUUUGCAAGUCCAGCAGCUCAAACUCCAAACCCAUCGUCGCCGCUUGCUCCGGGUGCCAGAUGAAUUUCUAACUGAAAGCGAACCGUGUGGUCGGCGGGCAGUGCGCCGCGGCGGGAAGCCUGCCGCAGAAGCGUGCUUCCCUUUUGGAAAGGUAAAGCGGCUGGGGCAGCCUCGGCUGCGGGCCCGGGGGCAGGUUUCAGGGGAUCCUGGCUGAAAAAUUUGUGUUGCAUAGAGAAAAAUGAUCUUUCUUUUUAAGAGUCCCUUUGGCCACGUUAUCUAUCUAAUUGGGGAUAUUUUUCCUGUGAAAAUACCACAUAACAGAGCUUAUAUGAGAACAGACCAAACCAGCCUCCACUCCACGCGGCCAGUCCCAGGCUGGGGCUCCCGCACUCCCCGGGUGUCGGCUGGGUCACUGAAUACUAACAAAGUCUCUGCGCAGAAGUUGCUAAGAGCUGAACUAACAAGAGAGAAGCCUGUUGUUCUAGCUGCUGGCUGGGUGCAGACGCACCUCAAAGGGAGGGGGGACCGGCUGACUCACUGACUUAACCCCAGCACCCCCCCUGCCCCCGAGUCACUGUUUUAAUGCAAACCUGACAGUAGAGGGGGGAGCACGGUUCCGCUCUGGCUCACUCCGGUCAUCUGAGCGUCAGAGGGCGACCCAGCAGUCACUGCUCAGUCCCCUUGCCCAGACAUCUUCACGGGCUGCGCGAGGCCAGCGCAAGCCGGAGCCCGAGUUUCUCACCCCACUUUCCAGUUUGCACAGCAAGUCGCAGCAGUAUUUUGACAAGGUGGUCCGAGCGGAGACUGGCUUCCGCGAAGGGCAGCGACAGCCAGCUGUCCUGUUUGGUUUUUGUUACUGUUUUCGUUUUGGGGGCAAGUGUGCGGGAAUUCACGAGCAAGACAUUUCACUGUUGAAAUUCUGCUGUUGGUUUGGAAGUUAGGCGUUGGCAUCCGGCUAUGGGGUUUGGAAGCAGCUUUUUGGACGACUCUGUUCUGACACUUUCGGACUGUGGCGGGUCAGGAGGCGCGCUUCCCCUUCUCAUCUCGCUGUGGGUCCUCGGGCUGCCCCGAAGCAGUCUGUGGCUCACGAGGGCAGCUCUGGGCCCUCUUUGGAUCACAGGGUCUGCCUGGCGUUGGGGGCGGGGGGCGUGGGUUGUCGGCCGGGGGUUCCCGGAGCUGCGGGAAUGUGUACUCCGGGCUCCUUAGGAGAGAUGUCCGUGUGUCUGUCAAACCCAUUCAGGAAGUCCAGGCCGGGCGGUGGGCUUGGUCUUUCAGAAGUUCUGCCUUGCCCCAGCUGGGCUCAUCUCGUGUCUCGUUUACCAUGAUCCUUGUGAGGGCGUCCCCGAAGCUGGCUCCCCCUGAUGCCCUAGUCCUCCCUCGGAAUCUUCGUCUGGAGGAGUGAGCAAAUGUCAACUCCAGACCUGCGCCCAGAGAGGCUUCCCCUCGUAGGUGAACCCCAACCGCGCGAGGAGAGCUCCCCGAGCGAGCGGAGAGCACCUCCAGACUGGGUGGGGAGGAAGCCCGGCUGCUGCUUUCGGUGUUGGUCAGACUCUGCAGGAAUUAGUGAGGAGACGAGGGUCUAGUGGGAAUGCUGGGUUCGGCUCCUUCCCGACGGUCUUCCUGCUGUUGGGAGGAACAGGGGAACCACCCUUAGUGCGCCCGGCGGCCCUGGGCUGCUGGCCUGUGUCCGGCGUCAGCUCCGCAGCGGAGGCCCGAGUCUCUGCUCUUCUUGCACGCGGCCCUCCUCAGCUGUGUGUGACCGUGAAGCCUGAAAGAGCAGAAUGUUCCAGAGCCCUGGCUGACUCUCACCAAACGGGCCUGUGUCAGUGGCACUGCCCUUCUAGAACCUUCACGAUCAACAGUGGAUCGGGCCACCCAAAGAGUAGUGUGGCAGACAGUUGGUAAAAGCUCCCGGUCACUCCGCUUUGGGUCCAUGCGGACCCCGUCUCCCACAAGCUCUCAUUCGUCCCCUCCACGGUAGUCCCCGCCCGCCCACCCCCCACUCACCUCUCUGCCCAGAUGCUUCAGGGGCCCCGCUUCCAGGCUGGUCCUCACCAGCGGUCAUCAGCCGACCCUCAGGGAUGUAGCCAACCACCGCUCUGCCAGUGCUGGAGGUAGGAAAGACAAAGGGGCUGCUGGGGGGGGGACAGGAAGGACCGCUCUGUCCUGUGGGGGGACCUGCCCACCAGGUGGAUUGUGUUCCCUCAGCUUGCUCGGCCGCGUGGUCCCAGUUCAGGUGAGGUGGUCCUCCGAGCGGAUCUGGCAGGAAGGGCCUUGGGCAGAGGAGGCGCCCCGCCCCCCAGCCCCGUCUGCAGCCAGGUGUGGGCCACACGGCAGCCUUCCCGACACAUAGUAUGAAUUUUACAAAUUUGUUUAUUUUUGUUUCUCAACCACUUUAUAAUGUAUUUUUUAAUUUAUUUUGUAACGUCUUGUUUUUAAGUAUUGCUGCUAUCCUUGUUAUUCUUUCCACUGUUUUUAUCGCGAAUUUAUUUUGUGAAGAUUGUACACUAAUGUUCUGUUUUAUGUCAAAAAUCAAAAGUAUUUAAAGAAAUACUAGUUCUAUUUAAUGUGGUUAUGGAACCAGCUGGAAACACACAACCAACAGUGAUUGUACAGCAGGCUGGACCCGGGAGGUCAGGUUCAUUUUGUUACAUAUGCAAUAAACUCACGACUUUACAUUU